AAAGCGCCCCUUCGACGCACCCCCCAGAUAUCUUAUCUGUGCAAGAAAUGAAGUUUCAGGUACCCCCUGCGCAGCCGGAUGUCUUCCAGAUAUGCUGGAAUCCGAAACCGAAGGCGCACUUAUAUCCCGAGGAAUAUAUCGUGCAGCUGGGUGCGGUCCGCUAUGUGCCAGCUGCGGGGCUAACAGAGGUGCGAUCCAAAAUUCAAGGCCGCGUGGACAGAGCUCUCUUCGAACUGAUGGUGACAACUGUGACGCAGGGGGAGAAGGCUGAGGAUACCUUUGUCUACUUAAAGCCGAGUUACGAGGGGACAUGCCGGGAGACCGACAGUGUGCCGAUGGAUAGUCGAAUAGAACUUGGUUUCUACCAGGAACAUAGGGACGGGAGAGCGACACUCAGGUUCUCGUUGAAUGCCCCUGCAGAGGAAAUGGCGCUUUGUUGGGAUAUGGGCAGUACGAAACACAACAGGUCGAUGCUAGGGAAAAUUCCAGGAGCUGUGAAUCCGAAAACUCUUGAUCCGGAGGUAUCUUGGUGUGGUAGCACACCUGAUGCUCCCUGCCUCCUUCGUUUCUAUCCAAAAAAGAUCUCUGACCAGUAUCCGAAUCUCACAGAAAUGCCAUCAGAAGAUGGCGAGGGUGCGCUCGUGCCGUCAAUUUAUCAGGAUGUGCUUCCUUUUUUUCAAGCACACUAUUCGGUAUAUCUCGUUGGGAACUCAUGUGUAGACAGCUUGCGCAUACUGCCUUCUUCCGAAGAAUCGCGCACACCAGAAGCCCCUAUAUGGAAACUGUCUUUGGUGGAGGCUGAGGCUGACAGCGUAACCGCUGCGAUCGACGUGAUAGAUAAAAUAUGGCUUGCCACACACAUACGAGCACACGUGUGCUGGAGAAAUGAGGAUUCUUGCACCUUUGAGCCGGCUGGGGAUCUGAAGCCGUGUGCUGCCGAAGUGGGCGUCCUACUCUGGACAG